AUGGGUAACACUCCUACCAAAGAGACAAGAUCUAACGCUUCCAGCUUUGGGGGUCCCGGAUCUCUUUCCAGAGAUAUCUUGAUAGGCGGAACUGAGCCAACCGUCGGUUCAGCCGGAAUAACUCGGAAGAAAAGGGAAAAGGAGAAGGAGAGACUUAGGCGCAAGGAAGAGCAUGUGUGCAAUUUGAUCGUGCGAUACGGUGAAAAUGUUGACGGCGGAUUUCUUGCUCCGUACAGCAACUAUAAGUACACCCUAUCUUACAAAACACAAGUUGUUCGGGACCUGAUUAUCGAACGAAGGCUUGCCCCUUUUUAUACACCUUUGGAAAGUUACGAUGAAGAUUGGACUGACGGCCAGUUAUUGAAGCAGUUGAAAAAGCUUUCUUUGCAUAUUCCAUGCACUUCAAUUGAAUUGCAAGAUGAUGAGGAAGAUCCCGAUGAGCAUAAGAUCUAUCAGUCUGUCAACUCCCUGAGGCGUAAGGACAAUAAGUUGUUUAAGAAAAAGCUUAAGAUAAGAGCCUUGCAGUUGCAGAAUGAAGCCGAUGAAAGAUAUGUUCGGGACAAGAAGACCCAGGGCAGUGGUAUCCGAACCUUUGCAGAUAUACCUUCCGAUGAUCUAUUAUUGAAACUAUAUCGUGGCGCUCAAGAAUGUCCGAUCUGUUUUCUCUACUAUCCCAAGAAUAUGAACUUGACGCGCUGUUGUGUCCAGCCGAUAUGUACGGAAUGCUUUGUACAGAUGAAGCGUCUCGAACCUCAUAUUCCGCAUGAUGAGAGCGGUGGUCAUCACGAUGAUGAGCGUGAAACAGAAGUGGAUGCUAAUCCCGGCUCUGAAGGGGAUUCCGAUGAUCUUAUAAGUGAACCGGUGAAGUGUCCAUUCUGUGCUAUGCCAGAAUUUGGAGUAAUCUACAGCGCUCCGGACUUCAAGACUGGAAUUGGCGGUACUCCACCAAGUGAAUACCGUGACAGUAGUAAACCAAUAGAAGAGGAGAAGGAUGAAGACAGUAGUAGCACUAAAAUAGCUUCAUCUCUACAUGAUUCUACAAAGCCUUCACGGAUAUUGUCAGUUUACAAGGGAGAUGCUCAACACAGCCGAAGUUUCUCCUCUGCCAGUCAGAGGCAGUCAGAAAAUGGAACCCCUGUCAAGAAGCGUCGUGGAUCGUUGCCUCCCACUGCACCAGGAGUUAUCAGUAUCGACGAUAUUCAACCCGAUUGGGAACAGCGACUACUCAAUGCCAGAUCCAAAAGCGCCAGAAGGUCUGCUGCUGCUACUGCUUUGCAUGCAUCCUCACUUAUAGUGGAAGAUUCACGUCAUUCGAAUAUCUCAAACCAGGAGAGAUCGUCCUCUGUGUCCAACAGAGCAGGAGACUAUAGAGGUGGAUUUUCCAAAGCGAGAUCAAGAACGUUGAGCCGACAAGAACAGGUAGAAAUAGAGCAGAAGAUGGUUGAAGAGGCUCUGCGGCUCUCGUUACUGGAUGAAGAGGAAAGGAAGCUGAAGCAAAAGGUUCAGCAGAAGGAACAAGAACGAGAAACUGAGCACAAUAAGAUACAGACCGAUUUGGAAGUACAGAGAAGAGCGAGUUCUUCCAGUCCUCGUUAA